AUGCGUAGAAAGGAGCUGUCAGUUGCUCAACGCGAGCAAAUUAUUGGUGCAUAUAUUAGUGGUGUUAGACAAAAAGUUAUUUCUGCUCAGCUCGAUAUUCCUACCAGUACAAUAAAUGAUACUAUCAAACUGUAUAAAGAAACAGGUUACGCAACACCUGAAAAAUAUCCCGGUCGUCCAAAACUGCUCACUCAACGUGAUACACGCACUUUACAACGUAUCGUCCAUGAUAACCGUUUUUCCCCUCUUGGUGAUAUAACAAAUAAAUUUAAUUUUCAUCUUAACACAAAUUUACAUUAUAAUACAGUUAGAAAAUAUCUUCGUGAUGAGGGUCUAGAAAAACAAAACUGGGAAGAAGAAUGGAAAAAUGUGGUAUGGUCGGAUGAGUCAAAGUUUGCUCUUUUUGAAUCAGAUGGCUGA